AUGACCGACGCGCAGGACGUCCUUCAGUACUGGUUCAAUGGCGACCAAACGGAAUUGCAUCGCUCCAAGUGGUUUCCCAUCAAAGAUUCAGACCAGCAGCAUCAAAUAGACAUUGAAAUCGCGCACCGUUUUGGCUCUUUAUUGACGCGCGCCGAGGCCGGAGAUCUCGAAAAUUGGCGUUUCGACUCUCCCGACACUUGUGUGGCACUUAUUCUAGUCCUUGACCAAUUUUCUCGCCAUUUGUAUCGAAAUCGUAAUGUUGCUGUGAAUAGAGAGCAACUUGAGCGAAACGACGCGCACGCUCUGGCAAUUGUCGAGCAAAAUUUGCUCGCAAAGUGCUGGCACGAGACACUGCCCGUGCCUUAUUUCGUAUUUGCAUUGAUGCCAUUGCGUCACUCGCCUACAUCUGAACGGCUUGAUGGUGUAUUAGCAGCAAUUGAAACUCGACGACAAUUGCAACAACAACAUGGAGAAUUGUUGGAGAAAUUUCGACGGACGACGACUAGUAGACUACAACAUUUAAGAGGGAGUGUUUUAGUUGACUUGACAAGUGGCACUUUAGAUGAAGAUAUCUUGGAACGAGCAUUUAUAGAGACGGAUGAGAGUGACAUGUAUAAGAACCGACUGUACCGUACAAUGGACGAGUUUUUGCAGCAGAUGGAAGCUACUGAUCAUUUAUAUAUGGCAGUUUCGCUGUCUGGAGGAGUUGACUCAAUGGUAGUGGCAUAUCUGUUGCACAAAAUGAGUGAAAAACAUGGAGGUUUUACAGUUGUGGCGGUACAUCUUGAUUAUGGAAACCGUCCUGAGAGUAAAGCAGAGUGUGACUAUGUACGUCGCUGGUGCGAACGAUUUGGAAUGAUCUUCCAUGUGCGACGAAUUCAUGAAGUAAAGCGCGCGACAACGCGACGGGACGAUUACGAAAAAUUGGCCCGUAAAAUUCGAUACACGACGUACGCGGAGGUUAUGCAGAAGUAUAAUAUUCCGGGCAUGUGCUUUGGUCACCAUCGCGGUGACGUUCAAGAGAACGUUAUUUCCAACAUGAUGAAAGGACUGAGUUUGCUCAAUCUAAAUGGCAUGCAGGCGUGUAGUACUGUAAACGGCGUGCGAAUCUGGCGUCCGCUUCUAAAGUUCGACAAGGACGUCAUAUUUGAGUUUGCACACCGAUACGGCAUACCAUACUUCAAGGACACAACACCAAAGUGGAGUACGCGUGGCAAAGUUCGCAACCACCUAGUUCCGCUGCUCCGGGAUGUGUACGGUGACGGAUUCCUUAACAACCUCUCGGCUCUCGGUGCUGAGUCAACGCAGUGCGCUGAGCUCGUGGAUUCGCAGGUUCUGGCACCUAUUAUGAAAUCUGUCGGACAAAGUGAUGUGGCAGUGUGGCUAGACUGCGGACUGCUGUCAGACCAGCCCUUUUUCGUGUGGAAAGAGGUAUUUCGCCAGGUGUGUCACUCCAUCAUGGGCAACAGUAUGGUGCGCGAAAAGCCGCUUCAGGAGCUCAUCCAGAAAUUAAAGCGUCUAGAAGCUGGUCCAGUGGGUAAGUCCAAACACAAGAAUAAGGACGCUGAGGUGGGGUCGUGGAUCACGCUCAAGAAAGUCAAUCGGUCGUUCCUGACCAAAGACAAGCAGCUUAUCAUCUUCCGCGACCGCUUCUUUCCACACAAACCGUACGUCGCUCCUCAAUUUCCCAUUGUACUAGGCGAAUCGUACGUGUUUGGCCCUUGGAAAGUGCAGACGGAGCUCCUGGAUGAAGACCAUUGUACUGUGCAAAAACUUUCCAAGUGCAAACCGUUGACCGUCUGGGACCUCGUUCGCACCAAUGGCAUCUCGUAUGUGUUUCCAAACGCUCCACAAUUGAUUGUCGAGUGCGAUUCUCGCUUUCACGUGCUACGAGCCGUAGAAAAAGUCAUUACGGACGUUAUGCCGAUUGUGUCUUCCAUUGGUGCCUUUGAUGUCGUCGAAAUGGACGAUGUCACCUCGAAAUGGGUCCAUGUCACUAUGACAUAUUCUCAAUAG